AUGGGCAUUUUAAAGGCUUUACUGCUACCAAUAUUCUUGGUUGAAUGCCAACUAAUUGUUGAUAUACUUUACAGUCCUUACACAGAACAAGGCUUUGCUUCAAACCUGAAAGUAAUGGUGGAGCAAAGCUUCCAAGACGAAUUUCAAUUUAACUUGGUCUAUUUAGAAAACUAUUGGGAUAUUGGCCUAGCUAUCAAUAGCCCUGAUAUAGUUUUUGACCUUUCCUUCAGCGCUUCAUUAUUAGAAUCAAUCAAAAAACUUGCUGAAAUACAAAAUUUCAUUAUCGGCUCUAUUGCCAAGCCAACUUUUUUAUAUAGCAACUGAGAGUUUUUUAUGCAUAAUUCGUGGGAAAAUCAUAUAAAAACUUUAUAUUCUAUUAUUUCUUACCUAAAUUGGCAAACAUUUAUAGUGAUAUCUGAUGAAAAUUAUGGCGAGAAUAAUGAGUUUUAUAAUUAUUUUUUUGAUAAAGAUUAUCAUUGAUUCUAUUUCUCAAAUAGCAACGACGAAAAAUCAGCAGAUUUAUUUAUAGGAAGAGUAAUUCAGCCUAUCGGAAUUAAAAAUAUUGUCAUAUUAAAUAAAGGUGAAAGCACAAAAUUGCUUUUGAAAAGCUUAAUCUCCCCUCCGUUAACGAACAAAAAAUUUUUCGCUCAUAGAGUGGAAUUAUUAUUUAAUUUGUUUUCAAAAUUUGAAAAAAAUCCCAGUUGUAAAGUAAGUAUAGAGGUUUCCUCUAUAUAGCGCUGAAAGCGCAGACAUUUUCCCAGGAAGUUCGUCGGACCAAAUCGCUUUUUGGUCCGACCAAGGCAUUGAUUUGGUGCAACCAACCGAUAAAUUCCGAUCAGAAUUUAUCGGCCUUACAGCGCCAAACAUAGGAAACUUCUAUAUUUAUUAUUAUUCGAUUAUGAGAAAAAGAGAGAAAUGCUGCUCAUGCAGCGAUGGAUAGAUUAAUAAUAACAAUAAGUAUUUAUUAUUUGUAAAAUUUAUGUUUUAAGAUGCAAGUUAUUUAAAAUUAAACAGAAUUAGCUCGAGAUUCAAUUAUAAUAAUAAUCACUUAUAUCAAAAUCUUUUUUUUCAUAAAAAAUUAUAUAUUAAAAAAUUACUUCGCUCAUAGGUAGGUUUAUGGGCAAAAAAUAAAAAUUCUUCUUAAGGUUUAGUCGCUCACUGAAGGGGAAGUUUAGAAAAAUUAGAUUUACUUAGCCUAGGCACUGGGGUUGUUGUAGGAAGUGAGGGCUCAUGAAACUUAUAUGGAAAUGGAGUUGCUUCUUAUACAGAAUCAGGAUUAGAAACAGCUGAUAGCAAUAUUAGCUAUGAAGGUUUAGCAAUAAUCAAUUUUUUAAAGCUUGUGCUUAGCUUUUCUCAGACUUCUGAAAAUUCAGAUUUGCUUGAAUUUUUAAUGAAAAAUACAAUUGACCAUCAUCCAAUUUCAAAAUUUUCGCUCCUGAAUAUUCAAAAUGGUCUAAAAGUCAUAUCGGGGAGUAUCGUAUCUUCACACGACGACUAUUUCAUAACGACUAUUUUUUUUUGGCCUAUUUUUUUUUGGCCUAUUUUUUUUUGACCUAUUUUUUUUUGGCCUAUUCUUUUUUGGUCUAUUUUUUUUUGGCCUAUUUUUUUUUAGCCUAUUUUUUUUGGCCUAUUAAAAAAAAAUAGGUGAAAACAAAAUAGGCCAAAAAAAAAUAGGCCAAAACAAAUAGGCCAAAAAAAAAUAGGCCAAAAAAAAAUAGGCCAAAAAAAAAUAGGCCAAAAAAAAAUAGUCGUUAUGAAAUAGUCGUCGUGUGAAGGAACCGGGAGUAUUGCUAACGAUACAUUAUACAUAAUGAACCCUUUAAAAUAUCCAGGAGAUUCACUAGCAAUUCCAAACUCUCCCACUACUUCUAUCAAUAUAUGAUACGAUAGUUCAGGUUUAGGUCUAUCUGAUCUAGAUACAAUAUCAAUUGGAGAAUUUUAUGCUUUAGACUACUAUAAAACCCUUCACUCAUUAGAUGGCUUUAAAAUAACAACCACACCUUGCAAUUGUGCCGUGAUCUUAUAUGACCAAGCAAGCGGUUUUUCUUGUCUUGCUAAAUUAGUGACAAUUCCUGCUGUUGGCUUUCUAACUUCAUUUGCUCCAUGAACUAGCAUUUUAUACUUAUACGCUUUAAGAUCUCUAAAUAGUUCAAUCCCUAACGUUUCUCCAUAUGCGACUUCAAGCCUUACUCAAAAUAAAACUGCUUUUCCUGAAUUUAUGACUAUUGUAAAAGAUGAAAGAUUUAACUCGAAAGUCAUAUUGGACCUGGCUGUUGUUUUCGGCUGAAAAAAUAUUAUCGUGCUUUAUGACGAUAAUAAUAAAAACACUUAUUUAUAUUUUAUUGCGUUGGCAGAAAAAUUCAAUAUUAAAAUUGCUAAUAGGCCUGACCUACAAAAAAUAGACAAUUAUACUAGAGAUAAAUAUCCAAUAUGAAAGGACUGGUUUGCUGAAAUAAUAAGCCUAAAAGUAAGGCUUUUUGUAAUAUUUCUGAGUCCUCCUUUUGCAUUAUAUAUAUUCGAAAGCUUUUAUGAUGCAGGAUUAAGACAAGGGGAUCUAAUUUUGUUGUGCAACAAUAGGAUUGCAUAUGGAUUAUCGUUAGAGACUGAUAUUGAACAAAGAAGAAAGCUUUUGGAGAUUGCGUAUGGAGGAAUUGUGAUAGCGCAAACUGAAUGGAUUGGGGAAUAUGGAGAAAUGCUUAAAAAUGGUUUUGUAAAGAAGUAUGGAAAUUAUACAGAUUUUGGCUGCUGGGCUUUUGAUGCUGCGAUGCUACUUUUAAAUGGAAUUGAAUUUACGAUAAAGCAAGGCGAGAAUGUUAACUCCCCCUCCGUGCGAACAAAAAAAAUUUUGCUCGCUCACAAAGGGGGUUAAUUUAAAAAAAACAUUUAUAAUUUUAUAGUAAAGUGUUUUUAAAAAAUUAUUAAAAAUGGAAAGCAAAUAUUUAUGCAAUUUCUAAAAUUUAUGUUUUAAAAUGCAAUUAUCUAGAGACUCAUGAGGGUGGGUUUUUUUGCAAAAAAUAGGAAUUUUUCCAAUGGUUUGUUUGCUCACGGAAUGAGGAGUAAGAACUAUGAAGUGCUAAAUAAAAACCUGAGAAAGCAAAAGUUUUUAGGCUGUUCUGGGACUGUGUCUAUUGAGUCUGGAGGUAAUCAGAGAAGUUUUCCAACUCUAGGCAUAUACAGCUUGAGAUGGGACGAGAGAAUUCAAUCUCUAUACGAAGACUUUGCAGGGAAAUAUGACCUUAGUAGUGCUCAAUUGAUUACUUUAUAUAAAAGCAUUUUGUGAUAUGAUAACACAACAGCAAUACCUACAGAUACAAUAGUGUAUGAAAAUGGCUGCCCAUUUCCUAAAAGCAAAAUUUCUAAUUCCAAUAGUGGCGCUAAAAUACUAUAUGGAAUAUCAGCUGCAGUGGUAGCUUUUACAAUCGUUAUAGCACUUAUUAUAUGAAAAAAGUUUUGAAAAAAUAUCACGAUAAAAAAAUUGACCACAGCUGCCCAUAUACAUUUUGAAGAUUAUAUUCUUAUGGGAAUUAUCGCUGCUGAUUUUUUCCAAUUUAUAUCUCAAGGGCCAGAUAUAAGUGAUUUAUAUAUAUUAUUAUCAAAAGCUUGUAGCUAUUCGCUUAUCCAUUUUAAUUCUUCAGGUACAGGAGAUAUGUACUGAAUUUAUAUAUAUUCUGCAAUGGUUAUUGCUUGCUAUUGAAUAUUUUCAGCUUUUAUUUUAUUAUUUAAACUGAAAAUACUUAAUAGUUGGAUGUUGAGACAUGCUAGAAAAAUAUCUUUACUUUUGCUACCUAUAAUUGGAAAUUUCUUAUUUAUUCCAAUGAUUUCUGUCCUUUUAAGCAUUUUUCAAUGUGAUAAAGGAAUAGGCUCGAGCAUUACUGAUUCUUUUAUAAAAAAUGAUUGUACAACAUAUUGCUGAACCCAAAAAUACUCUAUAUGAGGAGCUCUUUCAAUAUUUUUUUUGGGCAUUUAUAUCCCUUUGGCAAUUUAUUUUCGGGAAUAUUAUGAGAAUAUUAAUGAUCAUAUUAAUAUCAAAACAAAUCCGCUUUUUUUUAUAGAAAAGUCUAUUUUUCAAGUAAUCAUAGUUUCUAUGAAUAAGACGAUAAAGAUUUAUAAUGAAUCCUUACAUGGUCUUUGCUGCAUUAUCCUUCUACUUAUCCUAAUUGCGAUUAGCUUAAAGCAAAACUCUUAUAAUUAUAGCAGGAUGAAUCUUUGGCUGAUCAUUUCCUAUUUAGCAAUCUUGUGUAAUUUUAUUUUAUCAUCUGUUUAUUGACUCAUAAAAUUUGAUUCCAUACUAUUAUGGUCUAUGGUGCAAUAUUCACUCUGGCUUAUCUUGAUAGUAGCUGGGAUAAUAAUUCAAUAUAAAUGGCUUCCAAAUUUACUAAUUACUGACAAAUCAGCAGACAUUACAAUAUUUUUCAAAUUCUUAAUGGGAAGCCAUGUUUCAGCAGCCGAUAUCAAUGUAAUAAGAAAUGAAUCUUCAAGAAAUAAUUUUUCUUAUCGUCAAACUCCAAAUUCUUUAUCAAGAUUAAAUAUCCAGUAUUAA